AGCGGCAGGAAGGUAGGAAGGGUGGAACGGGGUGAAAGGAGUAUGAAGCAUAUAAGUAAGAUAUGAAUAUACAUUUUGUCCGCAAGUGAAUAAAUAGUAUCAGUAAUGGAUUUAAAGGGAAAGAUUGCACUUGUGACAGGCGGUGCAGCAGGUAUUGGUCGAGCUUAUUGUGAAGAACUUCUGAAACACGGAGCCAAGGUUUCAGUUUGUGAUAUUAAUACUGAGGUUGGAGAGAAGUUAGUUCAGCAGUUGUCAGCUAAAUAUGGCAAAGACAAGGUAAUCUUUUGCCAGUGUGAUGUCACAGAUUAUCCACAAUAUGAAGAAUCAUUCCAAACAACAGUGUCAGUAUUUGGUAGUCUUGAUAUUGUCAUCAGUAAUGCUGGCAUCAUGAAUGACCGCUUCUGGGAACUUGAAGUAGACAUAAACUUGAAUGGUGUGAUUCGUGGCACGCUUCUUGCAUUGAGGUUUAUGGGAAAGGACAGAGGUGGUCGUGGAGGGACUGUCAUAAAUACAGGUUCUAAUGUGAGCUUGCGUCCAUAUGUCAGCAUUCCAAUCUAUACUGCCACACAGCAUGCAAUUGUUGGGUUCUCACGGGCCUAUGGAGACUCAUAUCAUGUGAAUAUGACAGGAGUGCGUGUGAUAGCGCUCUGUCCUGCUGCAACAGAAACAGGCUUCAUUCAGGAUGUCAAGAAGCAGCUUCUGUCCUCAGAAUAUGAGAAGGCUUGGCAACGUGACACAGCUAACAGUACUCCACAAAAACUUGAACAUGUGGCCAGAGCUCUGAUACAUGUUCUGCAGAAGGCUUCAAGUGGAUCAGUGUGGUUGGUUGAGAACAGCCAGCCUCCUCGGGAAAUCAGCUUUCCAAGCCAGUAGAACGUGUUGUUCAUCUUUCAGCACAUGUGGACUGUUACAUGUAUGCUAUUCAAGUCCACUGUUUUCAUCUGCUGCAUUGAACUUUUAUCAUCAUGGUAAAAUUUUGUGUUGCUCCAGAACUGUAUGAUUUGCACAUUUGAUUUACUUUAUUUCCCUUAAACUUGGAUGUG